GCAGCCUCCGUGCAAGUUUUGUGUUUGAACGGCCGACGGCAAAAUGUUAAAGUUACACCCAAUACAAAGAUAUUACAGAUAUUGGAGGAUGUGUGCCAAAAGCAGAAGUUUCUUCCAGCUGAAGAUUAUGAACUCAAGCAUGGAAAGAAAGUGUUGGACACCACAAUGACAUUCCGCUAUUCAGGGCUACCCAAUCUCGCUAAACUUGAGUUGGUUAAAGCGACAAAAUCUCGCACAGAGACAAAGGUGACACUAGCUGUCCAAUUGGAGACAGGUGAACGACUUCAGAAUGAAUUUAACCCAAGUUGUACGCUGAUGGAAGUGCUGACAUCUGAUGGUGUGUCUGUAGUUAGCGAAAGUGGUUCUCGACAUCCUGUAUGUAUUUACAUGAGGGAGGAGAUCAUAGGGGUAUAUGCCUUGGAGAACACCACUCUAAGGGGCCUUGGGCUUAUAGGAGGACGUGCAAUUUUAAGGUUAAUACAUAGAGAGGUUGAUGAUGCAACUAUUGCUGAAAUAAAUGCCAAAAUAGACAAAGAAAAUGCUCGACAACAAAAAAUGAACUCGAAUACAGUAUCCAGAGACACAGUUCAAGCAGUUACAAAAACUCUGAUUGUAUCUCCCAGUGAAUGCGAAUCUGUAAAAUCCCAAAAUGAGACUGAACCAAUGGACACUGGAAAUGAGCAACCACAUGCUAAACAUGAAACACCACAUGUAAAUGUUGAAGCAAUGGAUACCACAGAUCAACCGCAUAGUGCCCAAACCCAAAAAUGUGAUGUUACCAAUCCAGAAGAGAACAAUGGAGAUAUGGAUUCUCAAUCUAGUGAAGCAACUAGUAAACAAGAAACAACUGGAAAUGAGUCUUCGAGUGGCCCUGGAAGAAUUACGGGUGUACAAAUAUUCCCACCAGGGGAGGUAGAUGUAACUCAGGAGCUCACACCUAAUCAACGCCAGGCAGUGCAACAACUGAGUGGAAUGUUCCAGGCUCAGCUAUCACAAAAUCAGAGUGGGGCAAGACCCAGGCAAAUUCAACAACCUGUUGUGUCAGAAUUUAAGUUUCCUGAAUCUACAAAAGGAAAGUCUUUAUACAAAAAUGAAUUAAGUGAUGUUAGCAGGAAGGAGUUCAAGCCAUGUGACAGAGAAAUUAUGGUAUACAAUAUUGAGCACAAAACAGCACAGCAAUCUAACAUUACAGAUGAAGAUUUAUCCGAUGAUUUCUUUCAAGUCACAGAGUCUGACCUCAGGAAGAUGAUGAUGGAUUUAUCUAAGGAAGCUCAUUCUCAAGAUGAUGCUCCCUUGAUGACAGCAGCCAUGCGGCAGGCACAAAAUGAGCAGAAGAUGUCACAAUAUAAUCGUGCUGUGAUUCGCAUCCAGUUUCCCGAUAGAGUGGUGCUUCAGGGUCUAUUUAGACCAAGAGAAACUGUGUUUGCUGUGGAAAAGUUUGUUAAGGAGAACUUGGCUGAUCCAUCUCUUGACUUCUACCUGUAUACAUCUCCCCCUAAAUGUGAACUGAAAGAUAACUCAAUGAACAUGUUUGAUGCUAAGCUACUUCCAGCUUCUGUUGUUUACUUUGGCUGCAAGGAAAAACAAGAGCACUAUUUGGCUAGUACAUUGUUACAAUGUGAGCCUAGUAGCCAGCAAGCUGCAGAUCUUGUUGCCAUACAAGGUAUGAAGAGAGAGCAUGAGGCUGUGGGGAGUUCUAGUGAUGAAGCCAUGGCAACUCAGAGUAAGCGACCUGCCAAUAAUGCAGCUAAAUCAACAUCUAAACCAGCAGGGAAAGGGGUCCCUAAAUGGUUCAAGACAGGAAAAUGAAUUUGAUGAGGGAAACCAUACAUGCUUGUACCAUACGCUUCACUGACAGUGUAGCAAUAUUGUGCUGUGGUGCUGGUUACAUUUCCUGAUGGGAGAGGUCUUAUUAAUGCUGGAAUGCCAUUGGAGCUACUAUUCACAUUGUGACAUCACAAACUUCCAUUGUAUAUUGUUCAACAUGACGGAAUAUAAUUCUUAAGUGAACUGGAUCCAUAGAUCAACUCUAUCACAAAUGGACAUUUGAAUAAAUAAGAUGCUUUGAUAUUAAAUCAGGCAGGGCCAUUUUUCAAAUUAAAAAUUAAGUAUGUUGUUGCCAC